AAGAUGGCAGCCGCAGACAUCCUCUACUUCAUGUUGUGGAUCGCCACAGUCUUCACCAGCGGACUUGGAUGCCCGGAGCGCUGUACCUGUUCAGAUAAAUACAGUCGCAAUUUUGUUGAAUGCUCCUACAAAGACUUAGUUGAAGUCCCAGACGGUUUGCCUCCUAAUGUGAUGACUGUAGGUCUCUCUGCUAACAAGAUCACUUUGAUACCAAUGGGGAGCUUCGACAAUGUCACCCGGGUGACGUCGCUGUGGAUGGCCCACAAUGAGAUCGUCUCCAUCGAAGAAGGGGCCCUCACGCCUUUGGGUCAUCUGCGUAACUUUGACAUCAGCCACAAUAGAAUUGUAGACUUUCCUUGGGGGGAUCUGCAGAACCUCACAAGCCUGCAGCUGUUGAAGAUGAACCACAACGAGAUGGUCCACCUGCCGAAGGACGCCUUCUCCAACCUCAAAGACCUAAAGUCCCUCCGACUCAACAAUAACAAAUUCAUAACUAUAAUUGAAGGGACGUUUGACGGUUUGGUGUCUUUGUCCUACUUGCAGAUUUGUAAAAAUCCUUUUGCAUGCACCUGUUCCCUCGACUGGCUCAGAGACUGGAUUUCAACAGCCACUAUCUCAGUCCCGGAGCAGAAUUUAAUCAUCUGUGCGACUCCACAGAAACUGAGAGGGGAAGUGAUCGGAAAAUUACCUAAAUCAAAGUGCACAAGCACAAAUGUGACGAUACGAACCGAGCCAAAUAUUCAUAACACGACUUUCUAUGAAGGGAGCACGUUGGUGUUGACUUGUGAAUUCACAGGAAACCCAAAGCCUCUGGUAAUGUGGAAUAUUCGAAGCAAAAGCCAGAAGCAAGAGCUGGCUUUGUCCUUCACUGAGGAUGACUCGGUAGAAUCAAACGAGGACUCCUUACUGUCUUAUAAUCCCGUCAAAGUUUUUAAUAAUGGGACUCUUAUCAUUUCACACCUCAGCAAGGAAGACGGCGGCAACUACAGCUGCUCGGCCACUAAUGAGUUUGGAAGAGCAGAGGAUUCAAUGGCAGUGAAGGUGGUGGCUUUAGCUAAACCAACACCCACCAAACAAGAGACCACAACACCUAUUUACACUAAAACACACCCAUCUAUACAGCAAACAACACACAAAACUUAUAUUUUGGACUCUGUGCUUCUCCCUGAUGUAAAGAGAAAAGACAUGAUGAAAAUUGGACCCACUUUCCAGCCCACUGCGGCGAUCAAGUCUUCUGAGGAGGAAACAACUUAUCGAUCCCGAGCUAGUACAUGUGGCUUGACGGCUAACACGAGAUACAUUUCUAACCACGUCUUUAACGGGAGUUUGGAUGAUAUCAAGCAGUACACAUUUGACUUUGGUGUCGUUGCAUUAGCCGUGUCAGAAAGAGAGGCAACAGUCCGGCUGAACCCUCUGCUCAUACCCAGGUACAACAGUGCCAAUCGAGACGCCGCCAACGCCGCCACAUCUGAUGAGUUCUCCGACAUUGACAGUGAAGAGCGUAACAGCCUUUCAGACGUCUCUGAAAAAGCAAAUUCAAACGGCUUGUAUUUGUGCGUCACUGGCGACCACAAACACUCAGCGGUGCAGUGGUCGAGGAUCACAGAGGGAGUCACCACGUAUCUGUUCAGCGAUUUGCGCCCUGGCACCAACUACUCCCUGUGUCUGACCUACAGAGGGGAAGACUGUGAGGUCCAGGUGCUGUUCACCACCAGGAGGAGGGUACCCAACCUGUUCAUCAUCAUCUCCGUCAGCAUCUGCCUCCUCACCGUGUCCACCGUGCCCCUCCUCGGUGCGACGUGCUUCCACCUGGUGUACAAAUACCGCAGCAAGACCUACAAGCUGAUCCUGAAGGCCAAGGGCCAGUACCACAUGGAGAGGAACCUCACCGCCAACUUCAACGUCCGCGCGCCUCACACCGAGUCCCAGAGGAAGAUUAACGGCAGCCAGCUGGACGAGGAGGAGGGGGAGAUGGAGAGCGGGGACGGAGAGAGAGAGGCGGAUACAGAAGAGAGCAUCAUGACUGAGUCCUUUUCUUUGUCUCAGUGCAGGGGGAAUUUAGACAACUGUGAGGUUGGAUCAGAGUACAGUGAUAGGUUACCUUUGGGAGCUGAAGCAGUGAAUAUUACAAGCAGCUACAAAUAA